CAGCCGCGGCCGCUCCGAGCGUCUGGCUGGCCUCCGCCCGGUGCUAGGGGCGCUGGUGGGGUCCCCGCGGCUGUGAGUGCCGAUCCCGUCCCCUUCCCCAGCAGCCAUGUCCGGGGUGGUGCGGACCCUGAGCCGCUGCCUGCUGCCGGCCGAAGCCACCAGCCGUGGGGAGCCGCGGCGGGAGGGCAAGGAGCGGAGCCGGGACUCGGAGCGGGAGGCGCGGCGGCGGAGCCGGGAGAUCGACGCGAUGCUGGCCCGGGAGCGGCGCGCCGUGCGCCGCCUGGUCAAGAUCCUGUUGCUGGGCGCCGGCGAGAGCGGCAAGUCCACUUUCCUCAAGCAGAUGCGGAUCAUCCACGGCCGCGAGUUCGACCAGAAGGCGCUGCUGGAGUUCCGGGCCAUCAUCUACGAGAACAUGGUCAAGGGCUGCAAGGUUCUCGUUGAUGCACGGGACAAACUAGGGAUUCCUUGGCAGUACACGGAGAACGAGAAGCAUGGAAUGUUUUUGAUGGCUUUUGAAAACAAAGCUGGAAUGCCUAUAGAGCCUGCCACAUUCCAGUUGUAUGUACCUGCACUGAGCGCCCUGUGGAGGGAUUCUGGAAUCAAGGAAGCUUUUAGCCGUCGGAGUGAGUAUCAGCUGGGUGAAUCGGUGAAAUACUUCCUGGAUAACCUGGAUCGGAUUGGCCAGCUGAAUUAUUUCCCCAGCAAACAAGAUAUUUUGUUGGCCAGAAAAGCCACCAAGGGAAUCGUAGAGCAUGACUUCAUCAUUAAAAAAAUCCCUUUCAAGAUGGUGGAUGUGGGUGGACAGAGGUCUCAGCGUCAGAAGUGGUUCCAGUGCUUUGAUGGGAUAACUUCUAUUUUGUUCAUGGUUUCCUCCAGUGAAUAUGACCAGGUUCUCAUGGAAGACAGACGCACAAACAGACUGGUGGAGUCCAUGAACAUCUUUGAGACAAUAGUCAAUAACAAGCUCUUCUUUAAUGUUUCUAUCAUCCUAUUCCUGAACAAAAUGGAUCUCCUUGUAGAGAAGGUAAAGACAGUCAGCAUUAAGAAGUAUUUCUCAGACUUCAAGGGUGAUCCUCACAGGCUAGAAGAUGUUCAGCGUUACUUGGUGCAGUGUUUUGACAGAAAGCGGCGGAACCGCAGUAAGCCACUCUUCCAUCAUUUCACAACUGCCAUAGACACUGAAAAUAUCCGCUUUGUGUUUCAUGCAGUAAAGGACACAAUCCUUCAAGAGAAUCUGAAGGAUAUUAUGUUGCAGUGAAGAAGAGCACCCCUUGUCUUGUUGAAAUCUACCCGGGGUUAUAAGUCAAAGCUUUUAUUUUAUCUUUAUGGCUCUUGCAUGUGGUUUUAGGACCCAUGCUAUUCACUUGGCUCAGGAAUGCUGAAACUAGCCAGUCAUGGAGGCAGAAGGAGUCCAACAUUGAUGUUAGCUACUGAAUCAUUUGGACGAGUAACACUACUGAAAAAAGUGGCCGUUGUAGGGUUUGACACCUAGUUUGGAAUGUUGAAUAACACAAUCACCUUCCUAUCUUAGAAAAAUCUAACUCUGACACUCUAUGUAAGGAAGACUUUUCAUGAAAACUGUUGUUUUGCAAGGACAGUAACUGUGCAGACUGCCUUUCUCUGUAGUUUGGAGGUGCUGAGUUAACCAGUCAAACUAAUGUAAAUUAUAAUGAGGUUGGUAGUUGUACUAGAGAAUAAAUGGCAAUAUAUUAAUCACAACUCCACAUGUAAUCUUUAAAUAUGUAACCAGAUCUUGCUUGCAUGUGCAGUGUUUGCCAAAGAUCUGGAGUCCACUUAUCAGUGUGGAUGCACAAUUCUUGUCUGACGGUCUUGCAUCAGUCUCUUGAGACACGCAAGUCUAGGACUAUAAAUGAAAUGCAGUAGAACUAUAAAUGAAACCCACCAGGCUAUGAGAGUCGUCUGUCCUGCCAUUCCGAAGUCAAAUGGAGGAGAAAAUUAAGGCCUGGCUGAUGUGGACAAUAUUUUGUUUUGCACUACAUAUACAGUGUCUUACAUCAUGGGAAACUGACUUCCACAGUAAUACAGCUUGAGGCACGUACUAGAACAUCUGACCACAUAUCUGCACAUAGUGGCUGCUCUAGUGAGGUGUCAUUUACGGAAAUUCAUCACUGUUCUCACACCUGCAGUUGGCAGUAUUUGUAAAGCUCCAGUCUCUCAAAUAACAGGGCUUUAUCUGUCUCCAAAUGUGUGGAAGCUGAUUAAACUUUUUAGCAAAAUUUUUGGUGAUAGAGCAGCUGCUUGAUUAGUUCCUAACAGCUGACCUUACACUUCUUACACAAGAAGAGCCAGCACUCUUGAGAUCCCAAUUUUACAGCUGCACUGAUACGUUCGGACAGCAGGACCCUGCUGUAAACUAGCCCAUUUUUAAUCUUUUUCUUAAUGGGAUCUUUAGCGUAUAUUAAUUUAUAUAUAGUAUGAGUAAACUGUCAAAAUUAGUUGCCCAUUUCAGGCAAUGGUGUACACGUGUGAAAUUGCAAGAGGCUGUGAAUAAUGUUGAUGUGAACUGUUGACUUUCUAGCUCUCUAAACUUACGUAGUUAACUAUCAGGUGCCUUUCUUUGUGUACAGAUAAUUCCAACUGUGUCUACUACAAUGAGGUACAUAAACAAAAUGUAAGAUCUGCCUUUUAUUUCA